AUGUCAGCUAUUAAUAUUCCAGGUAAAUUUGGUUUUGGUACAAUGUCAAUGACUUGGACUCCAGAACCUAAACCAUUUGAACAAUCAAUUGAAACUUUAAAGUUUGUUACUUCCCAUCCUGAAUUUGGUACUAAAUUAUUAAAUGGUGGUGAAUUUUAUGGUCCAGAUGAUACUAAUCUUAAGUUAUUACAACAAUUUUUAAAAUCAAAUUCACCUGAAGCUAAUAAACAAUUAAUCAUUUCAAUUAAAGGUGGUAUAGAUAUGUCAAAAUUUGCACCAAAUGGGUCAAAAGAAUUUAUUUCAAAGUCAAUUGAAAAUAUAGUAAGUUAUUUUCCAAAGGGUGAAUUAAGACCAAAAUUAUUGUUUGAAAUUGCUAGAGUCGAUCCAAAUGUUCCUUACGAAGAUACAAUUUCUUAUAUUGCUGAAUACGUUAAAAAUGGUUCAAUCGAUGGGAUUUCAUUAUCCGAAGUUGGUAUUAAUUCAAUUCAAAAAGCAAUUAAAGUAUAUCCAAUUUCAUGUGUUGAAUUAGAAUUAUCUUUGUUUUCACAAGAAGUUAUCGAUCAAGGUAUAUUAGCUGAGUUAUCAAAACAUCAAAUUCCAUUGAUCGCUUAUUCACCAUUAUGUAGAGGUUUAUUAACUGAUUCAACAGUUGAAAAUUCAGACAAGUUCUUACAAAGUAUUCCUCAACGUGAUAUUAGACAUCAUCUUGAUAAGUUUAAACCGGAAAUAUUUGAAAAGAAUUUACCAACUUUAAAGAAGCUUUAUGAAUUUGCACAUAAAAAGAAAAAUACAUCAUUAGAAAGCUUAGCAUUAUCAUGGAUUUUAAAAAUAUCAGGAUUACAAAAUUAUAAGGGUAUUAAUAAAGUUACUCAUAUUUUACCUAUUCCAUCAGGUUCCACUAAAAGAAGAGUUGAAUUAAAUUUUGGCAAUUUAAUUGAAUUAACAGACGAUGAUAUUAAAGAAAUCGAUAAUAUUUUUAAAGAAAAUCCAAUUCAAGGUUUUAGAUAUAAUGCUCAAUUGGAGAAUACUUUAUUUCAAUAG